ACUGUGCCCUCGGUUCGCUAUGGAAGUCGCAUGGAGGGAUUGUGCGGCAACUGCAAUGGCCUGAGCUUGGAUGACCUGCAGGUUAAUCCGGCCAAGCCCAAGCCGGCAGAGCCACGACCCUUCGACCUGGUUGACUUCGUGACCAGCUGGCAGGUGGAUGAGCCACGUCUGGGCAUCGACACCCGAUCCUGCCGGAAUCAGCAGGUGUGCAAGCCGUUGCCGCGGGAAAGGAAUGUCUGUUACCAACUGAUCGUGCAGUCGGGAAUCUUCGGACGCUGUCCUCUGCUGGUGGAUCCCUUGGCCUUCAUCGUGGCCUGUCAGAAGGAUUCGUGCACGGCCAGCGAUGACAAGGAGGUGGUCUGUGCUACCCUGACUGCCUACGCGGCUGCCUGCAACCAGGUGGGCGUCUGCACCGACUGGCGACCCUUCACCCAGUGCCCGGCGAACUGCCUGCCCGGAAUGGCCUACAAGCCGUGCGAUUGCGACGUGUCCUGCGAGACGGGCAUCGAUCGGGUGGAUCGGAGCAACCUGGAGGUCAUCUUCAAGGGUCGCUGCUUGCACACGGCCCGCCACGAGGGCUGCUUCUGUCCGCCGGACAAGGUGCUCCAUCACGGCAGGUGUGUGUCGCCCAACGAGUGCGUGACCUGCGGCGAUGGACGACAUGUGGGCGACGUGUGGCAGCCGGAUAAGUGCUCCAGGUGCGAGUGCCUGGCCAGUGGCCAGGUGAGCUGCGAGAAGGAGCAGUGCGGCCGUGACACCGACCACAUCUGCCAGAAGGGCUACAAGCUGAUGAUCCUGCAGCGCGACUUCGAGUGCUGCCCCACCCGCAUCUGCGUGCCGGACACCGGGAAGCCAGGACAAAUCUGCGAGACGCCCAAGCUGCCCGACUGCGGACCACAUCAGGUGCGGAUCGUGGACGAGGAUGUGCACGGAUGCUCCAUCUACAGAUGCGAAUGCAAACCCAGGGAUCAAUGUGAACCGACGCCACCGCUGACUCUAAAGCCUGGCGAGAAAUUGGAGGAGAUAGUGGACGGAUGCUGUCCCAGUUACAGGGUGAUAUGCCACCAGGAGACUUGUCCGAAGCCACCGGCCACCUGUGAUGAGCAGCACUACGAACUAAUCUCGGAGAAGCAGCCCGGUGAUUGCUGUGCGGUGUACAGGUGCGUGCCUCCAAAGGACAGGUGUCUCCACAGGCACAUCGACCAGGUGCAAGUGCAUCGACCUGGAGACAAGUGGCAGUUGCCCGACGAUCCCUGCGUCGCCUACGAAUGUGUGCUCACGGACCAAGUGGUGGUCACCGUGACCACGGUGCUGACCUGCGAGAAGAAGUGCCCACUGGGAUUCACCUACGAGCACACGAACAGCGCCAAAUGCUGUGGAUCCUGUGUGCCCACGGGCUGUGUCCACAAUGGAAGGGUUUACAAGCCGGAUGAGACGUGGACAAGUGCGGACAAAUGCACCAUCUACUCGUGUAUUCCACGCCAGGGGCAACUCAUCAUCCACGAGCUGCACGAAACGUGUCCGGAUGUGAGCCUCUGCCCAGCGGAGCAUCUCCAGGAUGACGGAGGCUGUUGCAGGCGCUGCAGGAUCCCACCGCCGCCGGUGAACAAGGUCGAUUGCCAGGCAGUCACGGUGGCCCCCAGACUCACCCUGAACCUGAUCAGGUUCCAGAGUCAGGAGCAUGGAAUGUGCCACAACGAUCAACCCAUUCAGGGACUCACCCAGUGCGAGGGCGCCUGCAACUCGGCCUUCAAGUACAAUCCCCUGCUGAAUAAGUACGAGGAUAGAUGUAGUUGUUGUGCCGCCACAGGAUUAAGCAAGCUCCUGGUGAAGGUCACAUGUGGCGAUGGCAGUCAAUUGGAUCAUUCGCUGGAGGUGCCCACGGGCUGUAGCUGCGAACCCUGUAGUAAACACCACCCGGGCAAAACGCCGGCUGGUGGGGAUCAGGCUGAGACCCACGGAAAACCAAAGGACCCCAAAAUACUUGAGGAGGGCGAUGAUGAGGAAUUUGACCUUCAGGAUCUUUUAAACCAAAGUGGCGGCGUUAUUUCGCGUUAA